AUGAUUUGGGAUUUAGAAGAGACUCGUGCUUUAUUAGAUUUGUUAAAAGAUGAUAGAAUAUUUAAAGCAAUUGAAAGUGUGAGAACAAGAGAAAUUUAUCAUGAAAUAUCUGAAAGAUUAAAACAACAAGGUUUUAAUAGAGAUUGGAAUCAAAUAAGAGGUCGUGUUAAAAAUUUAAAAUUUUCCUAUAAAAAAGCUCGUUCACUUCAUGAAGAGCAAGGACAAUCAACUUUAACAUGUCGUUUUUAUGAUGAUUUACAUUAUUUGUUCGGGCAUAAGUAUAAAAAACAACGAAUAUCACUUCAACAUACUCAACGUUUUCAUCAUUCACAAUCUCAACAACACCGUCGAAUACCAUCUACUACUACUCAAGAUCUUGAUGGUGAUCAAGAUUUGUUACCAAUCGUUAUUGAAGAUAUGACAACCGAUUUAAGUGAAACAUCAUCAUUGAAUAAAGGCGGGAUAGACUUACUAGAUGAAAACAAAAUUGAUAUAGAUGAUAAUGAUACAGAUAUACAGGAUGAUCAAGACUUAGAACAAGAGCAAGACCUUGAACAAGACGAUGAAUAUGAUGAGACACAUGGGACAGAUAAUAAUUCUUAUUCAUCACUGAAUUAUAUACAACGAAAGGAUUUACACCAUAGAUAUCCAAUAUUAGCCACCACAUAUCAAAAUAAUAGUACAGCAGAUACACACGUUGUUGAUAAUGGUGAUACAAUACCAAUGAAUGGAAAUGGCAUUACUGGUAAUGAUCCAAAUGAAUUGGAUGUGUAUAUAAAACAAAUGCCAUCGUAUAAGCAUCAAGCCUAUUUAAUGGAUGAUAUUCUCAAUACUGUUAUGGAUAAAUUUAUUUCGUAUCAAAAAGAAUUUGAACUACGAUUUAUACAAUUUCAACAAGAUCAAAAGAAAGAUGAUCAAGAACGAGAAGAACGUUUGAAAAAAGAACAACGUGAACAUGAGUUACAUGUUAUACAAUUAAUUAUACAACAAACAAAACAAGAACAAAUUGAGCAGCAAACUUCAGGUCGAUCGUACUUGACGGGUGAACAGGGCUAUUUUCCCUUGAAAAAUGUACGAAAAACAUCGGAAACAGAUACUUGGACGCUGCAUAAAUCUUGUCCGUUAGCUAAUAUUAAUUCCAUUGAUAAUAAUAAUGUAGAAUUUGAUAAUACGGCUAGUGUCAAUGAUGAACUCAAUACAAGUGUCAAUCAAACAGAAUCAUCUUUGUCAUCAACAGCCACUAUUGCUAGUAGUACAAACAAUAGUAACGAUAAUAAUAACAGUUCUGCUAUUGUCACCACUCAAAAUUCAAAUAGUACGAACAGUCGACGAAUAUCAACCAAAUUAUCAUCAGCAUCAAGAUUAAAUUUCAGAUUAACUAAUGGUCGUAUAAAUCAUAGUGAUGUACUUCCCACAAAUCCAUCUGCAAAUCCAGGUGUUAUUCGUUUAUUUUGUGUUAGACAUGGUGAACGCGUUGAUUUUGCCUUUGGACCCGCUUGGCCGGAGCAGGCAUUUGAUAAACUAGGCAAUUAUCAACGAAUGAAUUUAAACAUGCCAGUAACCGUGCCUAAACGCCGUAAUCCUUGGCGUGAUUUUCUAGGCGAUUCACCAGUGACAGAAAUAGGCAUGGCACAAGCACGUUUAACAGGUGAAGCACUUGCUCAAAAUGAUUCUCUUGUGCAAUAUUGUUAUACAUCUCCCGCUCUUCGUUGCAUUCAAACAGCUCACUGUAUUCUUGAAGGAAUGGGUAUUGAAGACAGAGUUAAAAUUCGUAUAGAACCUGGUUUAUUUGAAUUUCUUGGCUGGUAUGAACGAGGUUUACCAACAUUUUUAACAUCGGAUAUGUUACAAGAACACUUGUUUAAUAUUGAUAAAAAUUAUCGACCAAUAAUCAGUGUAGAAAAAUUGAGUCGUGAUGAAAAAUAUACCGACUAUUAUAAUCGAUCGUUUAAAAUUACUCAACAAAUAACAGAUAAACAUAAACUAACGGGUGCAACGCUUUUAUUUGUUGGUCAUGCUGCUACAUUAGAAGUUUGUACUCGUCAAUUAUGUAGUCAAACGCCUCGUUCUUAUCAAGAUUUUAACGGUGUUAUUCGUAAAGUAUCGUAUUUGGGUAUGAAUUUAUGCGAACGAAAUCCAAUGGAUGGUACAUGGUCAUUGAAAGAACCAACAAUACCUCCUCUUCAACAUUCCAAUAAUAUUUUAUUUGAUUGGAAAACAAUGAAAUCGACUUGA